AUGUUCACGUCAACAUGCUUACUACUGCUUGCAAUUGCGUUUGCGCCAUGUCAACUGGAGCGUCAACAUGUCAUAAUGAUAACAGGAAUACUAAUCAAGGAUGGCAAUAUGUUACCAUUUACAAGUGAAAAGGAACUGGAAGACAAUCCAUCAUCUAGACAUGUUGAAGAUAUCUGUAUAAAGUAUGACAAGACGGUGAGUACCGAGAAUAGGUCGAGCCUCAAGAACUUCACUUGCGUGGUAUCCGGUCCACACUUGGGACAUUUGGAAGGGGAAUUUGUCUUACGGUUCGAGUCAGAUAAAGUGGACGUCAGCACAUUAACAAAAGAAGGCUUGGAAAAACGAAACCAAGAAGGAACUGGUUACUUCCUUGCGGAAUUGCAACUGAAAUUCUUGAAUGCUACAUCCUAAUAUCAGUACUAAAGUCAUGUAUUAGAAAUCGAUGAUUAUGUGCUAAUUCAUGCUGAACCGAAAUUAUUUA